AAUGGCUUUCGACUACAAAUACAGCUCGUCUUUUCAGUUUUUACUCGACUGUGUUAGUGCAGUAUUGGUGAUUUAAACAUACUCGCGUCCCAGAUGUGCAGAAAUCACUUUGAUCUAAAGAUCAAACGUUGAGGGAUGACGUCACAAACCGUGGUUACAAUGCAUUCUGUGGAACCGGCUUUUAUGAGUUGAUCAUUUCUCUGUGUGUGUGUGUGUGUGUGUGUGUGUGUGUGUGUGUGUGUGUGUGUGUUCCUACCCCCCAUCGUGAUCAUGAACAGGGUCCAGCUGAAGCGCUCCAGGAUUUUAAGGAUGGCUCUGAGCAGCUCAGAUGCACUGGAGCAUGAUGGGAAAGAGGAGCCCUUCAUGCUCAAAUCCAUCAAGAUCGCCUUCGUGGUGGCGCUCUACUGGUUCAUCUCCAUCACCAUGGUGUUCCUCAACAACCACCUGCUGGACAGCAAAGAGCUGAACGCGCCGCUCUUCGUCACCUUCUUCCAGUGCGUGGUGAGCGUGUGUCUGUGCUGGGUCCUCAGCCUCGUGUCCUCCUUCUGCCCCGGCUACGUGGACUUCCCGCCCAUCAAGGUGGACCUGAAGGUGUCCCGCCAGGUUCUGCCCCUCUCAGUGGUCUUCAUCGGCAUGAUCGCCUUCAACAACCUGUGCCUGAAGUAUGUCGGCGUGGCCUUCUACACGGUGGGGCGGUCGCUCAGUACGGUGUUCAACGUCCUCCUCAGUUACAUCAUCCUCAAACAAACCACCUCCUUCUACGCCCUGUCCUGCUGCGGGAUCAUCCUGGGAGGUUUCUGGCUGGGCGUGGAUCAGGAGGACGCCGCAGGCUCCCUCUCUUGGUUGGGGCUGUUUUUUGGCGUCCUGGCCAGCGCCUUCGUGUCCCUGAACGCCAUCUACACCAAGAAAGUGAUGCCCGUGGUGGACGGCAGCAUCUGGAAACUGUCGUACUACAACAACCUGAACGCCUGCGUGCUCUUCCUGCCCCUGAUCAUCGCGUUCGGAGAGGUGCAGCGCGUCUUCCAGUUCGGGCGCCUGGCGGACGCUCAGUUCUGGGGCAUGAUGGUGCUCGGGGGCUUUUUCGGAUUCGCCAUCGGCUACGUGACCGGACUGCAGAUCAAGUUCACCAGCCCUCUGACGCACAACGUGUCGGGCACGGCGAAGGCCUGCGCUCAGACCGUCAUCGCCGUGGCCAUCGAGCACUCGCACAAGAGCCUGCUGUGGUGGAGCAGCAACAUGAUGGUACUGGGAGGCUCGUUCGCCUACACCUGGGUCAAAGGGCUGGAGAUGAAGAGGGGCAGCGCCAGUCCCGAGACGCCGGCUACAGUGGAGAAGGGUAAAAGUGAAUCGGGGGUGUGAGGAACAGGAAUUGGGACUAGCUAACUUGACUAACUUUCAAAUUUGUACAUCAAUGAAUAAUAAAAGCAAUAAAUUAUGUAUUUAAAUACCUGAGUUAAGGGAGGGGCAUAAAGUCUAUAGACGUACUAUAUGGCCAAAAGUAUUUGGACACCGGAAUGUGACCCAUUUAAAAAACAAAUGCGUGACGCUGUGUGAUAAUUUCAGCUAGAACAACAGCCGCUCAGCGGUAUGUCUGUGGGAAUUUGUACCUGAGGUGAGGGCUCUGAGCAGGAUUCUUUAAAAUGGGAUUUUCUUGCUGAAACAGAACAGGAAAGGGCCUUCCCUAAACCGUUGCUGCUUCAUAUAACUGAUUUAUUACACCUGUUAGCGAUUGUUGUAACUAAAACACAUGAAUUCAAUAAUAAAUAAAUAAAUGAAUAAUACAAAUAAAGAAAGUAUCCUUACAUAAAUACAUUUGGCUGGAAAAUCCCCUACCUGGCAACUUUGUGAAGCGCCGUCAACCAGGCAAGGUGAAUAGCGUUCUCUGCUGUAUAAAGUGAAUAUCGAUUCAUCUUAAAUGAAUAACCGAUUCGAAUCGUGGCACAUGUGCACCAAUUUUUAAAUGUCUUGUGGUGCAUCGUUACAUCCCUACUAACCACUGAGCUACCACGGCUCACGACUUAAGAAAAGGAUUAUCAGGUGUCCACAAACUUUUACCAUGUAGUUUCCAAAAAACAGGACAGUUUUUGUAUCUAAAA